AUGUCUCUGUUGUCCGCCGACUUGUGCCCGAAUGGGUGUUCCGCCCGGGGUGUUUGUGUCAUGGUGUCAGAGGUUGCUGAGUGUAUUUGUGAUUUGGGAUGGAUGGGUUCGGAUUGUUCCUCGAGUGUUGCUUCCUCGGCCGCAACCGCAGAUCCAGCGGUGGUCACUUCAGGAUGCUCUUGUUGGAUUCCUUGGUUCUUGGUCUUCGUGCUCCUUGGUCUUGUCGGAUCGCUCUUCGGGUGUUGGUACCAUGAGUGGGCCGCACGCCAUGGGCUCGUUGUCGACAAGAAUGUCGUCCGCCGUCGCCGCAGCUCGUUCGUCCCUCGCGAUGAGGUGACCCCUUCCGCCCCUCCGGUCUAG